AUGCAAACCUCUCCCGCCGCUGCCCCAAGUUGUUUCCCGGCGUCGACAUCAACUGGUUCCAGCACAGACCUGGCGUCUCCAGAAGCAGUAUUUUCGGAGACCAGCGCAAAGUCAUAUCACGAAAUUUCUUGGGCGGCCAUGUUCGAUCAUUUCCUGGACGGACGACGAAGAGACCAAAAGGACACAAUAGACAAAUGCUCUAUCACCUAUCUGGGAGAAUCAUUUCCACUAGCUAUGGUGCUCGAAGAAUUCAAAGAAGGGGGAAGGCCGCGCCUCCACCAUGCUGGUCCGCCGCUUAUGGAGGAGCAGGCAAGGGAUGAACCUACGAGUGAAACUCACCCUUCGCAUAUGCUCCCGGAAGAUAUAGCCUUUCUUCAAGCAAAAGAUGCUUUUGUCGCUCCCCCACAGGAAAUCCUCGACGCCUUACUUGCAAAUUUUCUGGACCGAGUAUGGCCUAUCUAUCCCGUGGUCAAUCGACAAGAGUUUCUGCAACAGUACAAGGCCAAAAAGGUUCCGUGGAUUCUAAUGCAUGCCCUGUGUUACAUCUCGGCCACCUUCUGUCCCCUCGCGAUUUUGCACCGUGCUGGGUUUACAGGGCGGAAGCAAGCCAGAGUCUCGUAUUACCGAAAGGCCAAAGCACUGUUCGAUACUGGCUACGAAUCCAACAAGAUCACCAUCCUGCAGAGUGUCAUCAUCCUGACAUUCUGGGGAGGAGGUCCCAACAACUACUGGAACUUUUACAGUUGGAUCUCAACUGGGGUCACGAUUGCGGAGGCCCUAGGUAUUCACCGAUCCAUCGCGGGGGCAAACAUGCAUCCUCACGACCGGAGCCUACUGAAAAGACUCUGGUGGAUUCUGGUAAUCAGGGAUGCUCAAUGUGGCAUUAUCGUAGGCCACCCUUUCCGCGUCAACAUCAACCACUCCGAUACCGAGAUGCUGACGGUCGAAGAUUUCGAGAACGACAUUCAUUGUCCGGAUUUUGUCAAUCAUCCUCUCCGCGACGUCUGCGUCCAAUAUCAGAUCCACAUGUCCAAGCUAUCUUUACUCUUGCGAGAGAUCAUCUCGACUAGAUUCGAUCCCAACCGCGCCCAUGCUCGAAUGGCCAAUCUCCACGACACAUUACAAGAAUGGCGCAACGCUCUUCCGUCCAGUCUCCGGUGCUCGGCAAACGACAAGAGUUCUAAUCCGUUUGCUACAUGUCUCGCCGUUCUCUACGACCACCACUUGAUCUUGAGUCACCUGGGCCGGCCUACGACGGGAGCGACAAUCACGCCGGGCGAUACUGGAUCCCUGAGCAGAACUUCAUCCUCGCGCCUAAUUACCGAGAGUGCUGCGCAGCGUAUCUCUUCUUUGACUUGCACAUUCACCCGUAGAAAUGAAUGCCUUGUCAUGCCGCAUGAAGUUUUCCAAGGUCUCUUUCUCGCACAAGCCGUCUUUUACACCCAGAUGAAGAGCCCGCUUCCUCUGGUGUCUCAGCUAGGGUUUCAAGCCCUGAAUAGCUGCCAGAUGGUCUGGCACGAUAUUUAUGAAUCAUGGGACGCCGCGCCCUGGAUCUCAAAGCUCUUUGACAACUUAAUCGGAAGUCGAAAUCAAGACGAGUCGAACGAAGUGGAUCUUCUGAGAAAAAACAUGACUGGGGGCGGAGGGCCUUCCCUUGGCAACGGCAUGGUCCUGGACGGCAUUGACGGCUAUGUUAACUGGCAAAACCACCCGACCCUGGGUUUCUUCGACAUGUCACAGGGUGAGGAGACGUUUCCGUUGUCGACGGACUAUGCCAUGUUUCCCAAUUACUUUGGGGUCGGAGAGCCAACAUCGUUUCUAUCCUGGUAA